AUGCAUGAAAUCGUUACUCUACAACUUGGCCAACGGAGUAAUUACAUCGCGACCCAUUUCUGGAACCUGCAGGAGGCUUAUUUUACAUAUAGUGACAAUUCCGAGCCUCUAAUAAACCAUGAUGUGCAUUUCCGGCCCGGGAUUGGCCAGGAUGGGUCAGAAACCUUUACGCCCCGAACAGUUAUAUAUGACUUGAAAGGAGGCUUCGGAACUCUUCGUAAAUACAACGAACUCUAUGAAGUAGAAGAACCCUCUGGCAUGCCACAAGGGCUAUGGGAUGGAAACCAAAUGGUGCAGACACAACCCAAUAUUCCCCAAUCCGAAUACCAGAAAAGCCUAUAUACCGGUGCUCCACCACCAAAUUUGACAUCGCAGUCUGUACGCUACUGGUCUGACUUUAAUCGGGUCUACUACCAUCCGCGGUCAAUCGUGCAAUUAAACGAAUACGAGCUUAAUUCGUCUCUGAUGCCUUUUGAGAAUUGGUCUUCGGGAGAGGACUUAUUCGGCGAUUUAGAUAAAGAGCAUGAUUUAUUGGACCGGGAUGUCCGGCCAUUUGUGGAGGAGUGUGACCAAAUUCGUGCUUUUCAAUUAUUCACUGGGUCUGAUGAUGCCUGGGGAGGAUUUGCCGCCAGAUAUAUGGACAGGCUUCGAGAUGAGUAUGGCAAGACUAGUAUCUGGGUAUGGGCCAUUGAAGAUGGGGCGAGAUUGCAAAGGCAAAAACAAAUAUUGAGGAUGACCAACACCGCAAAGACUCUGAGCUCUAUAGCGCCUCUGUCCACAUUGUAUUGCCCUAUUGUCGAUCUGCCACAAAAUCUCCCAAGUUACCUUGCAGUUGAUUUACAGUCUGAGUGGUCUAAAUCUGCACUCAUUGCUUCGGCGAUUGAGACAGCAACCCUUCCGGCUCGUCUUAGAUCCUACCGGAAUUUUGAGUCUUCCUUGAUGGGACAUGGUGGAGGAACGCAGACCAUAUUUGAGCUGCAGUCGUCGGUGAUCAGAAGCCACGCCAGGAGACCUCGCUGGGCCACAGAUGAAGACGAGCUGAAUGGGUUGGACGAGGAUGCCAAGCUGGACUUUGACCUCAACCUUACCAUUCCCCAGCCAAUGCGAGAUGACACGACUGUCUUUACUCAAUCCCAAGUUUAUCGGGGCGAGAGAGAAAAGCCUGCCGAUGACGACAAUAAUUCGCCUGUUGGGGAGAUUGGGCUAGCUCGUAAAAUGCGUCUCUAUGCAUCGAAACCAGCACUCACAAGAUACUCAACAACGUUGAGGUUUCCUCUUCCAGACAGCUAUCCUCAGAAUCUAUUCUCGGGGUAUGACGCAGAGACCGGAGUCGAAUUUCUGACCGCGCUAUCGAGCACUUCAAGAAUCGGCGAGAAACUAAAAGACUUGCAGACAGUCGCCAGCAGGGUUGUUGGAGUAGACGAAAGGGAGGCAUUGACGAACGAGCUAGGGGAGCUCCGAGAAGCGUAUGAAAAGAGCUGGGUCAGUGAUACCGACUCGGGCGAUGACUGA